CUCAUGGAGCCGUCCGGAGGGGAGCAAGAGCCCGGAGCCGUCAGGCUCCUGGACUUGCCAUGGGAAGACGUAUUGCUCCCUCACGUUCUCAGCUGGGUACCGCUGCGACAGCUGCUCCGCCUGCAGCGCGUCAGUCGGGCAUUCCGGGCGCUCGUGCAGCUGCACCUGGCAGGACUGCGCCGCUUCGAUGCCGCUCAGGUGGGUCCCCAGAUCCCGCGAGCUGCAUUGACCCGGCUGCUGAGGGACGCCGAGGGGCUGCAGGAGCUGCUGCUGGCCCCCUGUUACGAAUGGCUGUCCGAUGAGGAUCUGGUGCCAGUGCUGGUGCGGAAUCCGCAGCUGCGGAGUGUGGCGCUGGCUGGCUGCGGGCAACUGAGCCGCCGCACGUUGGGGGCGCUGGCAGAGGGCUGUCCCCGUCUGCAGCGCCUGUCUCUAGCUCACUGUGACUGGGUGGACGGACUGGCGCUGCGCGGCCUUGCGGAUCGCUGCCCGGCCCUGGAGGAGCUAGACCUCACCGCCUGCCGCCAGCUUAAGGACGAGGCCAUCGUGUACCUGGCGCAGAGGCGCGGUGCAGGCCUUCGAAGCCUCUCGUUGGCGGUCAACGCUAACGUGGGUGACCCUGCCGUUCAGGAGUUGGCUCGCAACUGUCCACAACUAGAGCAUCUUGACCUCACCGGCUGUCUCCGAGUUGGAAGUGACAGCGUCAGGACUCUGGCUGAAUAUUGCCCCGCACUUAGAUCACUGAGGGUACGGCAUUGCCACCAUGUGGCGGAGCCCAGCCUGAGCCGCUUACGGAAGCGUGGUGUGGACAUCGACGUGGAACCGCCGCUGCACCAGGCCCUGGUAUUGCUGCAGGACAUGGUGGAUUAUCCACCCCUUUUCAACCUGCAAGUCUGA